CGGAGGCAAGAAAGCCAAGGGGGCUGCCGGUGCUAAGGAUGUCCCCGUGGUAAUUUCCGAGGGGCACUCCUCUUCGGGCACUCCGGCGGCGGUGCCUGCUCCUGAUAAUCCCUCCCCGGGUCGGGGAGCCGAGUUGACGUGGCCUCAAGAUCACGUGCAGUUUUCCAUCACAAAAGGGACCGCCAUUAUGCAUGGCACCCUAAACCCGAGGGAGUUCUUGACCGGCGCCACCCCCCCGACGGAUAAAUCGGUGCUCUCCAGGCUGAAGGACGAUGCCCUCGGCAGCAAGGUCCUCCAAGCUUCGGUCACUGCUUCCCUCGGACUUGGCGAACUUCUGAGGAGGUUGGAGGAAUCACAGGCCCAGAAAAGGCGAGCUGACGAGGCUCUGGCUGAUUCCCGGAGGCAGCUCUUGGAGGCCCAAGAAACCUUCCGGUUGGAGCAGGAGGCUUUCAAUAAGAUCCUUCAAGACUCCAAGACGGUUGCGAGAGCCGAAGGGAAGGCUGAAGGCAAGGCCGAGGCCGAGAAAGCCGCCGUCGCUGCUGCCGAGGAGUUUGAAAAGACCAAGAAGGAGGCGGUGGCUCAAGCUGAGAGGGAUGCAAUCGCCGCCUUUCUUUCCGAGGGAUGGAGAUCCGAGGACCACAAGCAGUGGCUAGCUUCGGUGAUCGAGGGAAGUGUUGAUGACUGGGUGGGAGGCCCCGGGGCGAUGUGGUUGGCCCAGAAGGGCAAGGAGUAUUACGACGGGGGUGAGUUUUUUACCCAGUGGCUCGUCUACCGGAGGCUCGCCCGGCAUUUCGGGGUCGACCCCAAGGAUUUCAACCCAGCCACCUAUGGUCUGCCCCCCCUUCAGCCUGACACAAGGGUUCC